UUGUCCGUCAUCACAUGACCCUCUUCGUAAUUGUAUGUUCGAGCCAUACUUAGCAGAGGCACGAGACGUAUUAGUUUAGUAAAGUGAAGACGGUAUAGAACCAUUUCAAGUCUCACUAGUUAACAGUUCUUUGUAAAUAAUUCUUUUUUAUCUCUUAUUAAUCAUUCAAAUCGUUUGACACGAAUCCAUUACAAUAUUCACAAUGAGUUUAGAAGAAGGAAACCCCAUUUAUGGACCCUUUUUCGGAGUCAUGGGCGCUGCCUCUGCCAUCAUAUUUUCUGCUUUGGGAGCUGCAUAUGGCACAGCAAAGUCAGGAACCGGUAUUGCAGCCAUGUCUGUAAUGAGACCGGAACUUAUUAUGAAGUCCAUCAUUCCUGUUGUCAUGGCGGGUAUUAUUGCCAUCUACGGUCUGGUCGUAGCGGUUCUCAUUGCGGGAAGCCUUGAAGCACCUAGUAAUUAUACUCUUUACAAGGGAUUCAUCCAUCUUGGUGCAGGCCUUUCAGUCGGUUUCUCCGGAUUAGCUGCUGGCUUUGCCAUUGGAAUUGUAGGCGACGCUGGAGUAAGGGGUACUGCUCAGCAACCUCGUCUCUUCGUUGGGAUGAUCCUGAUUCUCAUUUUCGCUGAAGUCUUGGGUCUUUAUGGUUUAAUCGUUGCUAUUUACUUGUACACUAAGUAGAAUUUUAAAAAUUAUAAUUCCAUUAUUAACAGAAAGUUCAAAAUCAUGAUUUGCUAGUAAAAUUUUAAACAAUUACAGAAUAUGCAAUCGCAAUAUAUUCACAAUAUUUUAAUGUUUGAUAAUUUUUUUUAACGAGUCCCGUUGCAUAAUGUUUUAUUUUCAAAUACUGUUACUUCAUAAACCGUGUUACUUUUAUUUACUAUACAUCAUUUACUAUCAAUCAUAAUUUUGAACACUCCAAAAAAUCAGAUUCGUAUAUAUUAAUUCGUACAGCUCCGACACUCGCAAAAUUUGAGUAAUUAUUUAUACCCGUAGAGGCAAGAGGCAAAUUGAAAGAUUUGUCGAAUUAUUAUAAAGAUCGUUUUUUAUUUGCGCGAAAAUCAUCUUACUCCUCGAAUAGGACUAUUUCUUAUAAUUUUUUGGCAGUAUAAUCUGCGUGGACAUACAGAAACUCGUGUCGAGCAUUUUGUUAAACGAUUUCCAAGGAAGGAAUGUUCAAACAACACAGUCCACCUCGGAAUAGGUAGAAAAUUACUUCAGCAGAUACACAAGGAGAUAGAGUACUAUAUCACACAUAUAUGUAUACCAUGCCAAACUUUUCUCCUUCAUUGUACAAUAAUUAUUUCUAAUAUUAUUUGAAUUUAAUUUGAUAUUUAAAUAUCAAUUUAAUGAAUCGGCUCUACUGAGUGUAUAAAGUAGUAUUAAAAAAUAAAUGAAUACAUUACAGUGAAUAUGUAAAUAUCUCUGGAACAAUUUGAGUCGAAUAUGAAAAAACAAAUUUUCUCGGAUAAUACUUAAGUCAAUUUGAGAGAAUAUCGAGUGAAGUGAGAUUAUUUAUGCCCAUGUGUGACUUGUGAUAAAAAGUGAUUUUGUCAAAACAAAAAAAACAUACUGCUGAGGUUGGCGAGACUGAAUCUUGGAGACAUUUUACUUUAUUUCAUUCACAAACCGAUACAUAUAGUUCAAUGUUAUAGAAAUACUUUCAAUUAGAGAAAUAUUGGGCUGCACAUAACAAAGAAUAUUUGAGUAACGCAUUUUCAUUAUACGAUAGCGAAUUCUAGUGAAUGUGAGUUUUAUUCCUCAGAUACAAAACGGGAAAUAAUAUGUAAAGUAACGAUAUUUUAAAACAAUGUAUACAUUCCAUAGUAUCUUUAUUUACCAUGAAACAAACAAACGUUUUCAAUUCCACAAUCUCAAAGUUGAUAUUAAUAUAGUAUUACAAACAUUUUUAAGCCGCGUGAGUUGCCUGGGAGCUGGCGAUUCACUCCGCUUUGCUUAAUAAGAGUUGUGAAAUUGAGAACAGACUGUUCGUUUAAUAGAUCGUAUUGGUUCUGCAAAAUUUCUUACUAAAAGUUAUCAUUUUAGAAGUCAUUUAAGAAUUAAAGUUUAUUUAAUUGGAUCGCA